CGUGAAAGAGUAUAUGUGAACGCUACUCCCUUCAUUUAAGUCUAGACACUCAUGGUUGGAUAAAUAUGUGCAAACCCUCAUUUACUAGCUAGAAAAAAAUCCUGAAAACAAAAGCAAGGAUUGAAGAAUCUGGCGGUAUCUGUGAAUGAAUUUCUAAUCUUGCUCAAGGUCUCUUGUCCUGUCAGUAGGUUUUGUGCAGUGUGGAAGAAAGGAGUGUUGUCUCAACGAGAUACGUGUAACUCUUUGAAUACUAGUCAUGUCGAGUGUGGGGAAGUGUGUGGUAGUGAGAACACAAUGGCCCCCACUGUCCCGAGUCUUCACUACCAUAGCUGCUACUCGCCAAAUAACAGCAGCAGAACAACGGACCUCAGAGCCUAAACCAGUGUCAGAAGUUCCCGGACCUAGGGUGUACCCACUCCUUGGUUGUUUGCCUUCCAUAAUCUUUGACAAAUCCUUCAGUAGUAACAAGCUUCAUCUCUACUUUAAAAAGAUGAUAGAGAUUCACGGCCCUAUCAUUAAACUGACAGCGCCGUUCACACUGCCGAUGAUAUGCAUAACUAACCCAUACGACGCUGAGAACCUCGUACGAGCCACAAUGGACGCAUCACUCAGGCAGGGGUUCGACUCCUUGAAGAUGAUUAGACUGCAGACUGCAGACAGCUAUUUUGAAGGCAAAACUGGAAUAAUGACCGAGAAUGGCGAGGAGUGGUGGAGAGUACGCAGCCGAGUUCAGCCUUCUAUGAUGAGAGUCAAGGAGGUGGUGGCCUACCUGCCUGUCAUGGAUCAGAUUUCUUUGGAGUUCAUGGACAGAAUCGCAUUUCUGCAGUCACAGUUCGGAGAGAUGCCAAGUGACUUCCUAAAUGAGAUGUACAAGUGGGCUCUUGAAUCUGUUGGCAGCGUAGCCCUAAAUCGCCGACUGGGGUGUUUGGAUCCAAAUAUCGCACCGGACUCCGAACCCAUAAGGCUGAUCAGACUGGUAAAUCAGCUCUUUACUUCUCUGACUGAGGGAGAAUUCGGUCCUCAUCUGUGGAAGGUGUUCCCAACCCCAGCUUUCAGGAAACUCAAAAAGACUCACCAGGAAUUCCUUGAAAUUGCGGACAAAAACAUCCGAGAGACGGAGGCGGCGUUGCUGGCGCAGGAGCCUAGUGAUGACCGGGAACUGACACUGAUGGAGGGACUGCUCCUCAAGCCAGGACUCUCCCGCAAGGACGUGGUCACCCUCAUCCUCGACAUGCUCUUCGCUGGCGUUGAUACAACGUCACACACUCUGAGCUUCGUAAUGUACCUGGCCAGACAUCCGGAGGUGCAGAUAAAAGUUCAAGAGGAGAUUGAUACAGUGCUCGGGGAUCACGAGGGUCCACUCACACACCAUCACCUGGCUAAGCUUCACUACCUCAAGGCUGUUGUUAAAGAAUCUAUGAGGCUUCUUCCUACAGUGAUGGGCAUAGCAAGAACUUUGGAUAAGGAACUUGUUAUCAGUGGAUAUUUAAUUUCCCAAAGGGGUUGGUCAGUGAUGGUAGUUACCAUGCUAAUGGGUUUGGACGAAUCACUUUUCCCUCGAGCGAAGGAGUUCCUGCCGGAGCGUUGGAUGAGAGACAGGCCCCUGGGUCCCAUUCAUCCUUACUUUAUUUCCUUCGGCGCUGGCACCAGGAUGUGCGUCGGUCGACGCAUCGCGGAACAGGAGAUGUACACCUUCCUUGUUAGGCUGAUGCAGCGCUUCACUGUUGAUUACAAGUAUGACGACAUUGAAGUUGUGUGUCGCCUACUGCUUAACUCUGCUAAACCACUCAAGUUUAGCUUCACUGAGCGGCGAUGAUUGACUACUGCGAGGGGUGCUGGACUACUGUGAGAGGUGCUGAUGGACUACUGUGAGAAAUGCUGAUGGACUACUGUGAGAGAUGCUGAUGGGCUACUGUGAGAGUUGCUGAUGAACUACUGAGAGGUGCUGAUGGACUACUGUGAGAGGUGCUGAUGGACUGCUGUGAGAGGUGCUGAUGGACUGCUGUGAGAGAUGCUGAUGGGCUGCUGAGAGGUGCUGAUGGACUACUGUGAGAGGUGCUGAUGGACUGCUGUGAGAGAUGCUGAUGGGCUACUGAGAGGUGCUGAUGGACUACUGUGAGAGGUGCUGAUGGACUACUGUGAGAGGUGCUGAUGGACUACUGUGAGAGGUGCUGAUAGAGUACUGUGAGAGGUGCUGAUGGACUACUGAGAGGUGCUGAUGGACUACUGUGAGAGGUGCUGAUGGACUACUGUGAGAGACGCCGCCUAACUACUGGGCGAGGCACUCUUUGAUAGCUACGAGAAUUGCUACGAUUUAUUUUUUUGCUCCCCUCUUUUUGAUG